AUGGUGCUGGUCGGAGCUAUUAACCGCUCGCUGCCCUUCGCCCAAUGGCUCGGCUACCCGAUCAAGGAGACGGGCAUCGGCGAGUGGAGCAACGACAUCCACAAGAUCGCCGGUUGCAAGCUCGACUCGGUGUACGACUUGCGCGAGGACCACGAUGAGGACGCGGAGACGUCGGAUCUCUACGAUGAUGACCGGGCUUUUCGGCGGCCACGCAGCAAUAGCUCGGAUUUCCUGAUUUUGCGCAAAACGUCUCGACCGUUGAGCGUCGAUGUCGUGGGGCUUGUCGACACGAUGCACGUCCCCUACCGCCAAUACAUGAAGGUCGUCGACUGCUACGAGUUGGCGCCGCACAAGAAUGAGGUGAUCAUCGUCGACACGCAAUUAUCUGUGAUCAAGGCCUUCGAGGCGAUGUGCGACAGCCAAGUGGGCGCGAUUUUGGUGUGGGACCGGGAGAAGGGAGCGUUGACCUCAAUCGUGACGCUCAGCGACUUUUUGCACCACGUCCAGCGCGCUGACGCCGUCGGCGCUAUGGACUCUCCGGUGGCGACGAUCUUGUCGGGCAACCAGCUGGUCGCGCUCAAUUCGGACACCAAGGAGUUCACGGCCAACAAGGUGCAUCGGCUCAUCAUCGGCGACCCGCAGACGGGAGACGUUCACUACCUACUGACGAUCAAGCGCGCCUUGCAGGCUAUACAUAGACAGGUCUCGAUGGACGACGAUCUAUCGAAGGCCGUGGAGAUGCUGCUCGGCUUCCGCGUCUCCUCGUUGCCGGUCGUCGACAAGGACGGCGUGGCUGUCGACGUGCUGCACAAGGCCGACAUUGCCAUGAGCAUCUACGGCCAAGAGGAUCCGAAGAGCUUCAUCUCCGGCUCGACCGUCAAGGACAUACUGCCACCCCGUCCGCAGCCGUUCUUCGCCCAGGAGACGACGCGUGUGUCUGAGUGCCUCGACAACAUGCUCAACUGCCGGCACACCCGCCGUCUGUUCAUCGUCAACGAGCGCGGCGAGCCGACGGCGUGCGUCUCGCUGUCCGACUUCCUCACCCACAUGCUCUACUCGGGAAAGCCUUUUGAGUUUGAGGCCCAACGCUACACCUGGCUCUCAAAAAUGUACAGCUACAACACGCUGAAAGUCGACAAGGGGGCCGGUUUCGUGGUGCUUAUACAGCUGAACCGGGCGAAUCGGCUGAACGCGAUGAAUUUUGAGUUAUGGCGCGAAAUCGAUGAUUGCUUCGAGAAGCUGGCCGUCGACGUCGUUUUUGGCGGAAACGGAAAAGCCUUUUCAGUAGGACUGGACUUAAAAGACAACGACAUCAUCACGGACCUUGGCGACGACUCUGGCAGUGAUCAAGCGAGGCGCUCCUUUUUGCUCGGCCGCAAGAUCCGCUUCAUCCAGAAGUGUUUCACGAACAUUAACGAGUGCCCGAAACCGGUGAUCGUGGCGACACAUGGGUAUUGCCUCGGAGCUGGCGUGGACUUGAUCACGGCGUGUGACAUUCGACUGGCCAGCAAGGAGACGCAGUUCAGCAUUAAGGAAGUGGAUGUCGGAAUUGUGGCCGACGUUGGCACGCUGAAUCGCAUUGGAAAAGUUUGCGGGAAUGACAGUUGGCUCCGCGACUUGGCAUUCACGGGGCGAAAUUUUGGCGCUGAAGAAGCACAGCGGAAUUUACUGAUGAGCGGUGUCUAUGGCUCGAGGGAGGAGACGCUGGAGCAGGCGCUGAAACUGGCAAAGACCAUUGCGGAAAAAAGCCCGGUGGCCGUGCAGGGCACGAAAAUCAACCUCAACUACAGCCGCGAGCACACGACGGCCGACUCGUUGGAGUAUGUGGCAACCUGGAACCAGUCACAGCUCUUCACCGACGACGUCGCCAAGAGCGCCAUGGCCAUUUUAACCAAAUCGAAGGUGCCCGUUUUCGAAAUUGUAAAUUCAUUAUUUAUGGUUGAAUACAUGCAU